CGGUGGCAGAGACGACGAGCGGCCCCCUCCUCCUCCUGCUCGGGAGUCGCUAGCGGUGCAUCCCGGGCUCCGAGCCGGCCGGCCUGCGGAGGCCAUGGACUGAGCGCACCAUGGGCGCCAAGGAGUCCCGCAUCGGCUUCCUCAGCUACGACGAGGCCCUGCGGAGGGUUACAGAUGUAGAACUAAAGCGUCUGAGAGAUGCUUUCAAGAGAACUUGUGGACUCUCAUGUUACAUGAGCCAGCAGUGCUUCAUUAGGGAAGUGCUUGGUGAUGGAGUGCCUCCAAAAGUUGCAGAGGUCAUUUACUGUUCAUUUGGGGGAACAUCCAAAGGGCUACAUUUCAAUAACCUGAUUGUGGGAUUAGUCCUACUUACAAGAGGCAGAGAUGAAGAGAAAGCAAAAUACAUUUUCAGUCUCUUUUCCAAUGAAUCUGGGAGUUAUGUUGUCCGUGAAGAGAUGGAGCGGAUGCUUCAUAUUGUUGAUGGAAAAAUCCCAGAUUCGCUCAAGAGAUGUUUCUCUGAGGGUGAAAAGGUAAACUAUGAAAAGUUUAAGAAUUGGUUAUUGCAGAACAAAGAUGCUUUCACGUUCUCUCGUUGGCUGCUAUCUGGAGGAGUGUAUGUUACACUCACUGAUGAUAGUGACACCCCUACCUUCUAUCAAACUCUGGCCGGAGUCACACACUUGGAAGAAUCAGACAUCAUUGAUCUUGAAAAACGAUAUUGGCUUUUGAAGGCUCAGUCAAGAACUGGACGUUUUGAUUUAGAGACAUUUGGCCCUUUAGUUUCCCCUCCCAUUCAUCCAUCUCUGAGUGAAGGUUUGUUUAAUGCCUUUGAUGAAAAUCGUGACAAUCACAUAGACUUUAAGGAAAUCUCCUGUGGGCUGUCGGCAUGUUGCAGGGGACCCUUGGCAGAAAGGCAAAAAUUUUGCUUUAAGGUUUUUGACGUUGACCGAGAUGGAGUUUUGUCUCGCACUGAACUUAAAGAAAUGGUAGUUGCACUUUUAGAGGUCUGGAAAGAUAACCGUACCGAUAAGAUACCUGAAUUGGGCAUGAAUUUGUCUGAAAUCGUAGAAAACAUUUUGGAUGCACAUGAUACCACAAAGCUUGGACACCUCACUCUGGAAGACUAUCAGAUCUGGAGUGUGAAGAGUGCUCUUGCCAAUGAAUUUUUAAAUCUACUUUUUCAGGUGUGCCAUAUAGUUUUGGGUUUAAGACCUGCUACCCCAGAAGAGGAAGGACAAAUUAUUAGGGGUUGGUUAGAACGGGAAAGCAGAUAUGGUCUCCAGCCAGGGCACAACUGGUUUCUCAUCGCAAUGCAAUGGUGGCAGCAAUGGAAAGAAUAUGUCAAAUAUGAUGCUAACCCUGUUGUGAUAGAACCUUCAUCUGUCUUGAGUGGAGGUAAGAAUUCACUCGUAGCUGCUGCAAUCCAUACUUCAGAACAGAUAGAAGACAAAACAGGAGGUCUAAAUUACUUCUCUGUCACAGAAGAAAAGUUUUCAGAUAAUAUUUCUACUGCAUCAGAAGCCUCAGAGACUACUAGCAGCAGUUUUCUUUACUCUAGCACUCCAGCAGCCGAUAUGUGUUUUGCUAGGCAGCAUAACACUUCGGACAAUAAUAAUCAGUGUUUGCUUGGAUCCAGUGGAAAUAUAUUGCUACAACUUACUCCACAAAGACCAGGAGCUAUUGAUAACCAACCACUAGUAACACAAGAACCAGUGAAGGCUGCAUCAUUAACACUGGAAGGCGGACGAUUAAAACGAUCUCCACAUCUGAUUGAAGGGAGGGAUUAUAAAAUGGUACCAGAACCAGUAUGGAGAGCCCUUUACCACUGGUAUGGGGCAAACCUGGCAUUACCUAGACCAGUGAUCAAAAACAGCAAAACUGGCGUCGCUGAGCUAGAGUUAUUUCCUCGCUAUCUGCUCUUUCUGAGACAGCAACCUGCCACUCGAACGCAACAAUCAAACAUCUGGGUGAAUAUGGGGAAUGUACCUUCUCCCAGUGCUCCUUUAAAACGAGUGUUGGCUUAUACAGGCUGCUUUAGUCGGAUGCAAACUAUUAAAGAGAUACAUGAAUAUCUAUCCCAGAGGCUACGUAUAAAAGAGGAGGAUAUGCGGCUGUGGUUAUACAAUAGUGAGAACUAUCUUACUCUUCUGGAUGAUGAGGAUCAUAUGUUAGAAUACCUGAAAAUCCAAGAUGAGCAGCACUUAGUAAUAGAAGUUCGAAACAAAGACAUGAGCUGGCCAGAGGAGAUGUCAUUUAUAGCAAACAGUAGUAAAAUAGACAGACAUAAAGUUCCGACUGAAAAGGGUGCCACUGGAUUAAGUAAUCUGGGUAAUACGUGUUUCAUGAAUUCUAGUAUCCAGUGUGUCAGUAACACACAACCUCUAACACAGUAUUUCAUCUCAGGAAAACAUCUUUAUGAACUCAACAGGACAAAUCCAAUAGGAAUGAAAGGACAUAUGGCCAAGUGCUAUGGGGAUUUGGUUCAGGAACUAUGGAGUGGGACUCAAAAGAACAUAGCUCCAUUAAAGCUACGGUGGACGAUAGCAAAAUAUGCUCCAAGAUUUAAUGGUUUCCAGCAGCAGGACUCACAGGAGCUUCUGGCUUUUCUUCUGGAUGGUCUUCAUGAGGAUCUGAACAGAGUUCAUGAUAAGCCAUAUGUAGAACUGAAAGACAGCGAUGGUCGACCCGAUUGGGAGGUAGCAGCAGAGGCCUGGGAAAAUCAUCUGAGAAGAAACAGAUCAAUCGUAGUGGAUUUGUUUCAUGGACAGCUAAGGUCCCAAGUAAAAUGCAAAACAUGUGGGCACAUAAGUGUUCGAUUUGACCCUUUUAAUUUUUUAUCCUUGCCUCUUCCAAUGGAUAGCUACAUGCACUUAGAAAUUACAGUAAUUAAAUUAGAUGGUACCACCCCUGUUCGAUAUGGGCUCAGACUGAACAUGGAUGAGAAGUAUACAGGUUUAAAAAAGCAGCUAAGUGAACUUUGUGGGCUAAAACCAGAACAGAUUCUUCUGGCAGAAGUACAUAGCUCUAAUAUAAAGAACUUUCCUCAAGACAACCAGAAAGUUCGGUUAUCAGUGAGUGGGUUUUUAUGUGCGUUUGAGAUACCGGUCCCAGGAUCCCCUACGUCAGCUUCUAGUCCUGUGCAAACAGAUUUCUCCACUGGGCCAUCAGCUAAUGGAAUGCUCAACAUAAUGAUGAAUGGGGAUUUCCCCAGACCAACACUAAUUCCAAAUGGAAUGCCAAAUACUGUAGUGCCAUGUGGAACAGAGAAUAACUUUGCCAAUGGGAUGAUGAAUGGUCAUAUGUCCUUGCUUUCUGAUAGUCCAUUUAUAGGCUACAUCAUUGCAGUCCACAGAAAAAUGAUGCGGACAGAACUAUAUUUCCUUUCAUCUCAGAAGAAUCGUCCCAGUCUCUUUGGAAUGCCAUUAAUUGUUCCAUGUACUGUUCAUACUCGGAAAAAAGACUUGUAUGAUGCAGUAUGGAUUCAGGUUUCCCGGCUUGCCAGCCCUCUCCCUCCCCAGGAAGCUAGUAACCAUGCACAAGACUGCGACGACAGCAUGGGGUACCAGUAUCCAUUUACCCUUAGGGUGGUUCAGAAGGAUGGAAAUUCUUGUGCUUGGUGUCCAUGGUACAGAUUUUGCCGUGGGUGUAAAAUUGAGUGUGCAGAAGACAGGGCUUAUAUUGGAAAUGCUUAUAUCGCCGUAGACUGGGAUCCUACAGCCCUUCAUCUCCGCUACCAGACAUCACAGGAACGGUUUGUAGAAGAGCACGAAAGUGUUGAACAAAGCCGACGGGCUCAGGCGGAGCCCAUCAAUCUGGAUAGCUGUCUAAGAGCUUUUACCAGUGAGGAAGAACUGGGAGAAGAUGAGAUGUAUUACUGUUCCAAGUGCAAGACUCAUUGCCUGGCCACUAAAAAACUGGACCUUUGGAGGCUUCCCCCUAUUUUGAUAAUUCACCUGAAACGAUUUCAGUUUGUAAAUGGCCGCUGGAUAAAAUCUCAGAAAAUUGUUAAAUUUCCUCGUGAAAAUUUUGACCCAAGUGCCUUUCUGGUACAAAGGGAUCCAAGUCAUUGUCAACGAAAGCAACUAACUCCCCAGGUUGAUGACCUUUCUGAGCCACGGAUUCUGCAAGGGGAGCCUAGAAAAACAGAUCUCCAAAAUACUUAUACAUCAGGCGAAGGGGAUGUGCUGAACAGGAGUCCAUCCUCAUUUAACACUAGUAGCAUCUUGAAUAACAUCAAAGCAUCUCCAUCACCGGGGAGGAAAAGUGGAACCAGCUGUCCUUCCAGUAAAAACAGUAGCCCGAACAGCAGCCCCAGGGCUUUAGGAAGAGGUAAAGGGCGACUGCGGCUACCACAGAUAGGUAAAAACAAACUAUCAAAUAGCAAAGAAAAUUUGGAUGCAAGUAAAGAGAAUGGUACUGACCAGGAACAGAAACUUACUGCUGACCAAGGAGAUGCCAUUAGCAAAGGACACGUUUUGGGUGGUAGCCAGAGUGAAUUAUUCAUUUUUCAGGACGAGAUGACUUUAGCCAAUGGAUACGUUUGUGAGCAGAAUUCAUAUAGUAAUGGCAGUAUCAAUGGUGUGAUUGAUAACCACAGUGAGGAGGAUAUUACAGAUGACCAAAGAGAAGUCUGUUUUAACCCUAUUUACAAUCUAUAUGCAAUUUCGUGCCAUUCAGGAAUUAUGGGAGGAGGUCAUUAUGUCACUUAUGCCAAAAACCCAAAUAACAAGUGGUACUGUUACAAUGACAGCAGCUGUAAGGAAUUACAUCCUGAUGAAAUUGACACCGACUCUGCCUACAUUCUUUUCUACGAGCAGCAGGGGGUAGACUAUGCACAGUUUCUGCCAAAGAUAGAUGGCAAAAAGAUGGCAGACACAAGCAGCAUGGAUGAAGAUUUUGAGUCUGAUUAUAAAAAGUACUGUGUUUUACAGUAAACAAGUGAUCUUCCAUGGACCGUUUGAGAGCAUGCAGGAUGAAACUUACAUUUGGCUACAGUGUUAUUGAAGUGAACGAGCUAAAUGUCAGUUGUCUUAUCCUGUGGUCAGAAAGCACAAAAAGAAACAUCUAUUUAGCUAGCAGUUAACAUAAACAUUGUUUUUGUUCUAAUAUCUCACUACAUGCUCUAAACAAUUCUGAUGUUAGACAUCAGAUUAAAACUGCCAUUGGCCUUUAAAUAAAAUGGUUUGAAAGCCAACGAGGACCAAAUAAGAGCUAAAUGAAAUAGUCCAAAUAAGAGCUAAACAGAGUAGUGUAGAGUUUACCAGUUAUUCUAACAAAAUCCUAAGGUUCUCCUUAGAUUCAAGAUGAUGGGAAAAAAUUGUAGUGUUGUCUAUUGACAACAUGAUAUUGCUACCUCCUUUUUCCUGAAGUUUCAUCCCAUUUUAUUGGCAAGACAGGGAAAGCAAGAAAAUGAAAAGUGCACAAAGCUUACAGAAUGGUUAUGGAAUUUUUCCAUAUUUGCCACUAUUUAUGUGUAUCGUUGCUUUCAGUAUGUUGGGAGCACGACCAAAUCAUAAUUUGAGAGCAGAUUGAUUUCUGCACUUGAAUGGUUUAUUAUAAUUUGUUUUCUCCACAUGUUGGUUGUGCAAGUUUCAGGAAUGGCUAUCUGGCCUGAGGAAUCCUAUCUUUUAGACAUUGAA